AAUUAUAUUUAAGAAGAAAUUUGAACUCAAAUAGUCAAACCUACACACACACACACACACACACACACACAUACACACACAUACACAUUUGUUUCACUAUAUAUUAGUGAGGACAUUGCAUAGACGUCCAUUGAUUUUAUAUCAGGUUAAUGAUAUAAUCUAUGGCCUAACCCAAACUACCCCUAAACCCACCCAUCAUAGAAACGUGCAACGAACACUAGAUUCAAAUAAAAACAUGUUUUGGCCAAUUUAAAAGCCUUUUUAACUAGUGAGAAGGACCAGAAAAAUGUCCUCACUAGUUGUCAUAAUAUUUCACUAUAAGUGAGGACAUUCGGCCCUCACAAGUAUAGCCAGACCUGUACACACACACACACACACACACACACAGCAUUUUAGGAAUUGUUGCAUCAGUGUCUUGCAUCACACAAAAUAUUAAAACAGAUAAACUUUAUGAUCUAUGAAAAAACAAAACACUUUUUAAUCCUGGUGUGCCAUAGUUUAACUUCUGAUAGGCUACUACAUUUGCGUGAAUACUUUUUGGUUUAAGCCUUACUUAAAUUUAGCAUUACGAAUCAAUGUGAGACUGAGAUGACGUGCAGGACGUUUUGAAAGUCAUCUUUAAAUGCGUAUGGCUACUGCGUUCGCGAAUGACUUUGCAAAUCAAUUACCUUGUCCCCAUUUCUAUAUCGGUUCAGGUAACAAAGCUGCGGCAACCAGGAUAAGCCCACUAUAAAGUAAGGUGAAAUCACCCCGCUGUCAAACAGUGUGACUGGCGCGAAAGCGAGCAUAUACUGCCUCUGUGCGUCUCGCGCUCUCUCUGCUCCACGAACACCGAUCGCGCGCGCAGAGCCAAACUAGAAGAGCGCGAGACCUGGCAGCGGAGAGACCUCGGGGAGGGAGAAAGGGAGUGUGCUGGUCUAUGUAGAGGAGAGAGAGAGAGAGAGAGAACGUGAGAGAGAGAGGUUGGGAAAAGACUACCACCUCUAUCCAUCAGCCGAGCAUCCUGCGGGAGUCACUUCGUGCGCGCGAGCUGUCGGUGCGGCAUUUCUGUCCGUCCGAGCAAAUGGAUCAUAAAGCAGCGCAGGAUAUGACAGAGGGACGCGAAUAAAAACUAAAGUAUUAUUUUUGCGACUCCAAACACGCCGGUUAUUCAUUUAUUAUUUUAUUCUUUCAGUUGGGUUCUUGUUUUGCGUUUUUCCUCAUUAAUGUGCGGAUAUUUCGGCGAACACUUUCUAAGUGAUGUCAGGAGAAAAUGUCAUAAAUGUAGCUGAAUGAAUGAAAAGUUUAAAUAUUUUUAAUGGAUGGGGUCUAAUCUAAUGUCAAGCUGGUUGUGAAGGUGUUUGAUCUGGUCCCCUCGACCCCAGCCGGAGUCCCCAUGGCUGCUGGAGUGGCAGCCUGGCUCCCCUUCGCUCGGGCGGCGGCCAUAGGAUGGAUGCCCGUGGCCAACCUGCCCAUGCCUGUCGCACCAACCAAUAAGAACAAGCGACAAGAUGAGCUUAUUAUCCUCAAUGUCAGCGGCCGACGCUUCCAAACCUGGCGGAACACGCUAGACCGUUACCCUGAUACGCUGCUAGGGAGCUCAGAAAAAGAGUUCUUCUUCAAUGAGGAGACUAGGGAGUAUUUCUUUGACAGAGAUCCAGAUUCGUUCAGAAGUAUUCUUAACUUUUACCGCACAGGGAAGCUGCACUACCCACGCUACGAGUGCAUCACUGCCUACGAUGAGGAGCUGGCGUUCUUUGGAAUCAUUCCCGAGAUCAUCAGCGACUGCUGUUACGAAGAGUACAAGGACCGCAAGAGGGAGAACACGGAGCGUCUUAUGGAUGACCUUGAGGACAACAAAGACAGUAAACUUCCCAACAUGACUUUCCGGGAGACCAUGUGGAGGGCUUUCGAGAACCCGCACACUAGCACCAUGGCCCUGGUUUUCUACUAUGUUACCGGAUUCUUCAUCGCCAUAUCCGUCAUCACCAAUGUGGUUGAGACGGUUCCUUGUGGCUCCACACCGAAUCAGAGAGACAUCCCUUGUGGGGAGCGCUACACAGAGGCGUUUUUCUGCAUGGACACGGCUUGCGUAAUGAUCUUCACGGUGGAGUAUCUGAUGCGACUGUUUGCGGCACCGAGCAGGUACCGCUUCAUGAGAAGCGUGAUGAGCAUUAUCGAUGUAGUGGCCAUCUUACCGUAUUACAUUGGGCUCGUCAUGACCAACAACGAGGACGUGAGCGGAGCCUUCGUCACGCUACGGGUGUUCCGUGUCUUCCGGAUCUUUAAAUUCUCCCGCCACUCCCAGGGUCUUCGAAUCCUUGGCUACACGCUGAAGAGCUGCGCGUCCGAACUUGGCUUCCUCCUCUUCUCCCUCACUAUGGCCAUCAUCAUCUUUGCCACAGUCAUGUUCUACGCUGAGAAAGGCUCCUCGUCCAGCAAGUUCACCAGCAUCCCGGCCUCCUUCUGGUACACCAUUGUAACCAUGACAACGCUGGGGUAUGGAGACAUGGUCCCAAAGACCAUAGCAGGGAAGAUCUUUGGCUCCAUCUGUUCCCUCAGUGGGGUGCUGGUCAUCGCUUUGCCUGUUCCCGUCAUCGUUUCCAACUUCAGUCGCAUUUACCAUCAGAACCAGAGAGCUGACAAGCGUCGGGCUCAGAAAGUUCAGAAAGCCCGACUGGCCCGAAUGAGAAUUUCCAAAGGUGGCAGCUCUAGCGCCUUCCUGCACAGCAAACGAAAUGGACUCAACCAAUCACUGGAGCUAACGCUCCCCUAUUACAAGAUGAAACUUUCACCACAGGGAUCCUUAGAGGAGGACCAGCAACUGAAAAAGACCACAUCUCUGCUGGAGAGCCAACAUCACCAUCUUCUGCACUGCCUAGAGAAGACUACGAAUCAUGAGUUUGUGGAUGAGCGUCUGUAUGAGCAGGGGUACCUGCAGACAGCACUGCAGAACUUCCCAUCGCAGAGUCCAUCUCUCUCCAGUGAAGAGGGCAUAACAGGCACCUGCUGCUCUCGGAGAACCAAGAAGAACAUCCAGGCUCUCAAUGCCACACACACACACUCACACACGCACAACCUACAGGAGCUUAGCGCCUUACACAUCCAUUGUGGGGAACAGCAACCACUCAACACCAGUCGUUCCAGUCUCAAUCUGAUGUCGGAUGAAUCAGGGAGUCUGAACUGCAAGAGCAGUGGACUGGUUACCACGGCAAUCAUCAGUAUCCCAACCCCUCCCUCAAACAACUCUCGAGGCAGUCCCGACGCUCCGCCCCCUCCUAACCCAGACGCUCCGCCUCUUCCGAACCCUGGCUCUGAUGUGGUGAAAAUCUCUGCGCUGUAGGAGAAAACAGAACUCAGGAAGAGAAACUGAUGAGUAGCCUGCCCCCUAGUGGGAGAAGAAGUGCACUGACUCAGACUCUCUAAAAGAAAUAAAACAACAUUGAUAUGUCUGUGUAAAUGAGAGAAAAAGGACGGCCAUGAGUAUUCAAUCACUCUCCAUCAGGACUGAUAAAGAUGAGGGUGUCACUGCAGUGUCACUGUGCAUAAAACAUUUCUCCUUCUUUUUCCUUCUAGUUUUCUGUUGGGUCAUACUGUUUUUUAAAUCGUCGAAAAGAUUAAUAUUUUGACAAGAGAUGGAGGCAAGAGGUCGAGUUUUGUUUUCAUCCGAGAGUCUUGUUUGUUUAUUAUCUGUUCCAACAUCGCAGACAGCCUCUCAAAGCCUCGGCUUUCUUUAUCCCAAUUAUGUUGUUUUGAUCUAGAGUAAUUCCUAAAGGAUAAGAGAAAAUCUACUUUAGAGUCUGAGGGAGACUAUAUGAGGGCGACAGUGUUUCUUAGACCAUGCUAAGUUUUUAUUUUUGGAAUAUUUGGUCAGAGUUAGGUCUAAGUUGAAUGUUUCUGCCCCGCGUGUAUGUGUGCGUGUGUGAAUUACGGAAUCGUCCUUCAAAAUUUCAGCCUCUCACACAGUUCGUGCCUCUCAGGGGGAAGAGAGUUCCCUUUUUCUUUAAGCCACUGUCUCUCCCUGAGUCCAAAACAUUGAGCCGACUUUGUAACGUUAGUUGUGACCUAUCAAACAUUACUAUGUAAUAUAGAACCAAAAAAAAGAGAGAAAGAAUCAUGAAAGUGUUUUUAAAACUCUGUGACUACAAGCACAAGGCGUCGCUGAGAUUUUGUGAUUACAAUGUGUAUCAAGCCUUGGUUUAACUGUGAAUAUUGUUGAUAGAAUAUUUUGUAAUAUUUAGCCAUUGUUUGGCGAAACCAGAGCAGCUGCCUACCCCGCCCCUUUUUGUCCACCCCGCCCUUUUAUGUCUGCCCCGCCCCUUUCCUCUGUCCACUGCUGGCCUGCUUCCUGUAGUUGUUCUGAUCUAAGUGUUAUUGUCAUUAUCGCUCAAUGGGUAUUUAAAAUGUGUCUAGUUUGCGUAAAACUACAUGGGUAGGAAACUUUUGAUGUUUGUGUUUUUCAUUAACAGUGAAUGUUUUCGUUAAUCUAGAUUUCAAGUCAUACGUUGCUGUUAGAGGAGAAACGGUCAACCGUACAAACCAAUUAGAGAUAUUUUCCACCUCUUUUCUCUCCCUCUAAACUCCCUCCUUUUCUGUCUCUCUUUUUUUUUUUUUGUCAGCCAUGUUUAGGAGAAUGGCACUGCCAAUGAUAUAGUUCAAAUUUGUUGUCAUGUAAUGGAAAGACCGUUUCGUCUGUGUUGUUUACUAUGCCCAAUCCUAUUCUCAAAACUGCCAGCAAUCAACCACAUGUCCCCCUGAGCUCUGCCUUUUGUACCAUAAUCCCCAUCCCAGGACUCUAAACCCCACCCAUCCCCUUAAACCCCACUCACUUGUGCCUCUUACACCAGCAUACAUUGAAAAUGACCCCCUCCCCUCAGGACGUUAUUGUUCCAGGACCACUGAGUUUUAGUGUUCAGUGCAAUGAAACACACACUAGACCUCAUAUCAACUCAUUUAAAGGGAUAGUUCACCCAAACAUGAAAAUUCUGUCAUCAUUUACUCACCCUCAAGUUGUUCCAAACCUUUAUAAAUUUCUUUGUUGAAUGUUUGAAACCCCAAGCAGAUCUCGCCCCCCUCCCCCCUUGACUACCACAGUAGGAAAACAUGUUUUAAAAAAGUUGCCACUAUUCCAAUCGUCUCUUUUCGUCACAUUAGCCACAUGCAGCUCUGGUGACAUGAAUAAUCUGUCAUUUCAGUGCAAUUUUGUUUAUUUCAGUGAAAAAAACAUUUGUAACAAAAUUACAUUCGAUCUCGCCCCCAUUGACUACCAUAGUAGGAAAACAUUUUUUAAAAAAGGAUUAGGGUUAUUUGGAAGAAUGUUUGUAACCAAGCAAAUCUCACCCCCCAUUUCACUUCCAUUUUUCCUACUAUGGCAGUCAAUGGGGGGCGAGAUCUUCUUGGUUACAAACAUUCUUCUAAAUAUCUUUCUUUGCGUACAGCAGAACAAAGACAAUUUAUACAGGUUUGGAACAACCUGAGGGGGAGUAAAUGGGUGAACUAUCCCUUUAAUCUUGGUUUAAGCCCCUUUUAGAUAGAAUAAGCCAUAUUUUCCAGAAAGAAAAAAAAAAUCGUAUUCAAUAAUUGCAUAACAGAUAAAUAACCUAUACUUGAACUUUAAAGCCGAAGUGGAUGUCCAGUUACAUAAACGUGAAAAGAGUUGUUGGACAUGACAUCAGUAUUACAGGGAAAAGCACAUUGCGAUAUUUGAUAGGAAUAUCAGGGUAUCCGGCCCACACCAUUCUUAUGAAAAUCUUACCAAAAUGUUCUUUGAUGGCCCAUGUGUUCGUACGAUGGCUAUCCUGUUUGUUGUACAUACGAUCCAUAACAAACCUCUAAUGAUCCUCUUUUUAUGGUCCCAAAUGAUGUUUGUGAUUUAUUGACUUUCAUAAGUGUACAUAAUAGAUGGGAAAUAUGAAAAUGAUCUAAUGUUUAAUUAAUCAGAAAGGAAGGUGUGGCCAAUAGAUUCUAAAUUUUAAGAUAAUAAAUGUUGAGUAUUGGAUCACCUGUGGUCAAUGGCAAGCAGUAAUGUGUUCGAGUUACUUUCUUUUGCUUUGUCUUGCUUUGUCUUUAUAUCCAGCCCAGCAGGGGACACUACAAAACCAUCAAUGUAAUAGCAGUGAAUCUAGAAUCCUAACAGCUUUGUAAUCCUUCAUUUGUGCAGUCCAUUCAGAUGACAGAACUGGUUGUUUUGAAUAUAUUACCAAGUGGAGAUCUGUAUGUGCGCAUCUACAUACCUGUCGAGGGUCUUCUUUCUUCCUCUGUGUGUCUGUGCUUGUUUAACUCUUUUACUCUCUUUGCUUCGUUUUUUUUUGAGAUAGUCAUGUUGUUCUAUUCAGCAGAUUCCUGUUCACUGUCAGAUGUUAAAUAUUAUUUAUGAUCUUGUCUUGUGUCACAGUUGUGAAACGCCUGAUAAAUGAAUUGUAUCUGCCACAAA